UGGUAGCUUUCUAGCUUGAGUUGGUUGGGACCAAGGAAGUUAAACAGUGUCAUAAGUUUAGGCAAAACCUGUUGGGUUCCUAGAUUCUUGUCAAAACCAGGCAAAGUUUUCACUCCAAAACGAAAUAAAAGCUGGGAAAAGUUUCACUUUCAGACUCUUACAUGAAACUUCGAGCCAUAUCACUUUCACCGCUUUAGUUUAUAGUCUCAAACACUUUUCUUUAUAUAACUGACACAACAAGAACAACAAAACUCCUGUCUCUUCACAACUCUUCUGUGUAUAAUAUUAAUAUGUCUGGGUACAGGCCUGAUGAUGAGUAUGAUUACUUGUUCAAGCUGGUUUUGAUUGGUGAUUCAGGUGUGGGUAAGUCCAACUUGCUUUCCAGGUUUACCAAAAACGAGUUUAACCUCGAGUCUAAGUCUACUAUUGGUGUUGAGUUUGCUACCAAAAGUUUGAAUAUCGAUGGUAAGGUCGUCAAGGCUCAGAUUUGGGACACUGCUGGCCAAGAAAGGUACCGUGCCAUUACAAGUGCUUAUUACCGUGGUGCUGUUGGGGCUUUGCUUGUAUAUGAUGUAACACAAGUUUCCACCUUUGGGAAUGUUGGGAGGUGGUUGAAGGAGUUGAGAGAGCACACUGACCCCAAUAUUGUUGUCAUGCUGAUCGGCAACAAGUCAGAUCUUCGACACCUUGUAGCCGUCUCUAUUGAGGAUGGUAAAGCUUUUGCUGAGAAGGAGUCUGUAUAUUUCAUGGAAACAUCAGCAUUAGAAGCAACCAAUGUGGAAAAUGCUUUUAUAGAAGUUAUUAAUCAGAUAUACAAGGUUGUUAGCAAGAGGGCAGUUGAGGCAGGCAGCGAUGGACCUGCUUCCACACUUCCAUCAAAAGGAGAGACGAUAAACGUCAAAGAGGAAGCUUCCAUUCUAAAGAGAAUCGGAUGCUGCUCGAACUAGGGACAAUGUUGUUGUUACAUUGCCAGAUUUUACAGCAUUGUGCAAUUUCCUUGUACGUGAUCAAGGUAAUCUUCAUGUAGAAAGAAAAACUAGUUUGUCUGGUACAUGGUUUGAAAAAUUUCCUGAGAACAUGGUCCAAAUUGUCUCAAAAUAAUCUAAUAUUUUGGUGGAAUACAUUUCCUACCUGAAACUUUUAUACUGUAACUAUUUUACUCAGGGUAUUAAAUUAUGAAGUUUGCUUUA